UUUGGUUACUGAGUCGGAGAGCUCUAAUAAGUACUAAGUAGUAACAAAUGCCACAUCCCUUGUGGCUGCAUUGUGCUGAGCCGUUGGUAUGUGCAAUUCUGCUUUGUUUGAUCAUUCUCUGUAGUGUCUUAGUGAAACAUCAUACACCUGUUACUUCUGAUACGUUGAACAGAUUGGUUGAGCUGUUAUAUUUGUAGUUUGUCUGCUAUAUUCUAUUGACUGUGUAUAUUUUUUGGUGAUAUCACUGUAAUGUUUUUUCCCAUGAACACAGUUGUUAUGUUGUGUACACCUGUACCUUUCCUUGUUGGAGUUGGGGUUCCCUUUUCAGAAAAUGUUCAAUUCUAGAUGUUUCUCCUAUAUCUAUAUAAAGCUUUGCAUGAACCUGUCCAGACACAGUUAACUAAAAAAUGAGGCAGCAGACUGGUAAGCGUCCCCGCCAACACAGGGAAUAUGAAAGAGAAGAAAAGAAGGACCAACACAAGAGGCCAUUUCCCAAUGCUCAUGAAAGCUCUAAUAAUGAUGGGUUGGUUCUUUACCGCAUACUCUGUCCAGACAGUUUGAUUGGUAGUGUCAUAGGAAAGAAUGGCAAUGUGAUAAAUGCUAUCCGGCAACAGACAAGUGCCAAAGUCAUGGUUGUUGACCCGUACCCUGGUGCAGACAAAAGGGUUAUCUUGGUAUAUUGCUACGUCAAGCAUAGAGACCUUGAUGCUGUGGGUAAUGACAAUGAACCUGUUUGUGCAGCUCAAGAUGCAUUACUUAGGGUGCACAAUGCAAUUGUUGAUGCACUGCAUAAAGUACAUAAAAAUCGUAGAGACUCUGAUAAUAAGGAUACAGAGGAAGCUAACAUUCUUGUGCCAGCUAGUCAGACGUCAAAUAUUAUAGGAAAAUCUGGUGCUGUCAUCAAACAUCUUCGGUCAACAUCAAGAGCAUUCGUUAAAGUGACCCCAAAAGAUCCAAGUGAUGCUACACAUUCAUGUGCUAUGAGUUUUGAUAAUUUUGUUCAGAUAACAGGUGGUGCUGAAGCUGUUAAAAAAGCACUGUUUGGAGUAUCAACCAUCAUCUACAAGCACCCAUCAAAAGAAGGCAUUCCUCUUGAAACUUCCAUUCCUGAACCUACUCCAAGCAUUAUAAUCCCCUCAGAACUUCCUGUCUAUCCAGCUAGUAACUUCUACUCGGCCCCAGACGAUGCUAUACCUUCUGUACAUCCAAGCCUGUCUAUCUUAGGGUCAACACGUCAUCUUUCUGAACUUGAUCUACCUGCCAAUGAUCAUGGUCGAUCAAGUUCCAACAGUCGACUGCCUAUUUAUCAAUCUAUUCUUCCAGUUAUUCCUACAUAUAGUGCCCCCAAAUGUUCAGGAGAACUUGAGUUCCGUGUUUUAUGCCCUGGUGACAAAAUUGGCUUGGUUAUUGGUAGAGGUGGGGCUACCAUAAAGAAUAUAAGGCAAGAGAGUGGUGCAAGGAUAGAUGUUGAUGAUGCAAAGAAUGGCAAGGAGGAAAGUAUCAUUACCAUUACAUCCACUGAGGUCAUCAAUGAUGUUAAGUCUGCCGCUGUGGAAGCUGUUUUGCUGCUUCAAGCCAAGAUCAAUGAUUAUGAGGAUGAUAGAAUGAAUCUUCGCCUUGUCCCAAAUAAGGUUAUAGGCUGUCUUAUUGGCAGGGCUGGUUCGAUAGUCAAUGACAUGAGGAAGAAGACUAAGGCAAACAUCCUCAUUUCGAAGGGCAAUAAGCCCUGGAGAGCAUCUUCCAGUGAUGAACUUGUUGAGGUAUCUGGAGAAGCAGACAAGCUGCGUGAUGCUCUUGUUCAGAUAAUUUUAAGACUUAGGGAAGAUGUUCUGAAAGAGAGUGUUGAAAGUCAAAAUUCUGACAAGGAUGGCAAGCUAACCACUGCCAUCUCUGAUUCCUUAUAUGGAAACAAUCUUUCUUUCCCUGCAUUAUUACCUCAGAACCCACAAAUUGUUUCCUUGGGCUAUGAUAGAAGAGGCGAAUCUGAGAGAGCUCUGGAAGUAUUCCCUUGUACCAGUUCAUAUGGGUAUAGCUCCAUGAAGGAUCAUGUCACUGAUGAUGGCUAUGGAGGACUUCCAUCAUAUACAUCAAAGGCAUAUGAAGAACAUCUACCACGAGUGGAAAUGACUGUCCCUGCUAGUGGCCUGUCAAAAGUAAUGGGAAAACAUGGGACCAACUUGGAAAACAUUAGAAAGAUUUCUGGAGCUCACAUUGAAAUAAUUGAAUCAAAAUCCUCUCGGCAUGAGCAUGUUGCUUACAUAACUGGAACCUCUGAACAGAGGCAAUCAGCUGAGAAUUUGAUCAAAGCUUUCAUAAUGUCUACCUAAGAUUCCUUCUCUGCUCUGAGAACAUCUCAUCAGUUUGAUCUCUUUUGACUUCUGCCAUCCCUAGUUUCCCUGAGUUUGUGAAGAACAUUGAAUGCACUGUUUCCUCCACCUAUUCAAGUUCCCAAUGAAUAUCAUGCAUAUCUGAGUGAGGUGUACUCCAGUAGUAGACAAUGCACUCUAUGUUCCUUGGAUCUUCAACAGUUCAACUGUUACCUAUUUGUGUUGACAUAGUCACCAUAAUUCGCAUGUCUUGCUCUUCGUUAUCUCAAUGCUGGUCCAGUUGCUGCUUACCGAUCUCUUUCAAUUUUGUCCUGUCAUACUGAGUUGAUUAUUCCUUCACAACUAAUAGUAGAUGGGCCUUUUCCCAACCUCAAUAUCUGAUUCACUUUCUGCUUAGUGUAGCUAUUAUAAUUUCAUCCUGUCUUACUGCUACCUGAUCCAUUAGGUUAAUAGCACCAAGGACUCUUUGCAAUGUGAGAAUGACCCUUCCGUGAAAUACUUGUCCAAAACUCCUUGAGAUUCUUGUGUUUCAAACAUUCUUUGGAAUUUGAGCUCCCCAGCGGAUGCCAUUGUCUGAUUCAGUUGGUGCUUAGUGUAGUUUUGUAGUUCUGUCCUGCUUAUGCUACUAGCUCUGACCUUAGAGCGGGGUUUGUUCCUUGUCAAUCUGAUUGGUUCACCCAUUGCUUGCUUUGGUUCUUGUAACUUUUUCAUGUCAAUACUUGAUUCAUCCAUCAUGGUUCCAAAGAGUUUCUUGUUUUUCUGCUAACUCUGCUGAGGACCAUAUAAGUUCUUUGGAAACUCGCCCCGAUAACCCUAGACUUUUAGAAGCAACAUGUACAUAAGCUUAGUCAAGUUCUUGGAUCACAAUAUUCAGAUCAAUUUUUUUGAGCAUUCUGCAAGUAUCUGCGUCCAUCAUUGGUGGAUGUCUAGAGAACUAUUCUAACAUCUCAGCUGUCUGAAAAAACUGCCUAGAGAACUAUUCUAACAUCCUAUGCUGCUACCAAUCUGUGACUGGUUCGACCCAUUGUACUUUGUCAUGUUAGUAGUCACCUAAUUCUUUCAUCAUCGGGUUCGAAAGAGUUACAUGUUUUCCCUCCAGUAAUUAAUUCUACUGUAGAACCAUAUAUUAAUGUUCUUAGUCAACCCUACCUCCCCCUAAAAGGCCUCUCUCUGUCGAACAAAAACUCGCCCCAUCCUUCACCUGUGCAGUUACUCAUGCACAUUUUGAUAACAGAUAAUUUUGGCACCAUCAAGUGUAAAAAGUUGCAGUGUCAUGAUGUCUGUUAACUAAUUGUAAUAGAGUUUGUUGUUGUGGUUUGGUAACAGUUGUGGUUGCUCUUAGAUGUCUUCUGUAAAUAAUGAGCAUCGUGUUCAAAUUUUGUAGCUCAGUAGAAUGCCAUCUUUUUUCCCUGGACUCUCUUUUGGUUUUGGGUGUCUAUAACUGACUGAGGCAGUUAUUGGGAAUUAUGAGAUGCAUAUGUUACAAUAGAAUCCUAUGCCCUGCGUGUUUCUCUUGCAUUUGUGAAUGGUAUAAAUCUACUACUGUGCGGCAUGUGUAUUGAUAAAAAAUCAAGGGAUGUCCUGAGAUUUCUU